AGCGACAUUUCCUCCGUAAUAAAAAUAAUAAAUGAAAAAGCAAAAGCGACAUUCGCCUGAAAAUCCAAAGACCUCCUCAGCAAUUUACGUUGUAGUCUGAAUAAUAGAUUUCCUUUUUCCCGUUCAAGUUUCAACUUUUUUUUUUUCAUGGAUAGAUUGUAUACAAACAUAGACUCAGUGUAAUUGUGUGUGUGUGUGCGCGCGUCAAUUAGUUUUUUGGUGCAUAGAAUUUUGGUUUGGGGAGAUGAUGAGCUGGAGGAGAGUUUUCAAGUCUUUUCAAGUGGUGGUGGCUCAUGGGUUGCUUUUCUCCUUCUCUCUUAUUCUCUCUCUCAAGCUCGAUCAUGCUGUCAACUACUCUUGGUGGUUGGUUUUUUCUCCUAUCUGGUUAUUUCAUGCAGUUGUGGCAAGAGGCAGAUUCUCCCUACCUGCCCCAUCUAUGCCUCACGGUCGCAAUUGGGCGCCUUUUCAUGCCAUUGUGGCGGCUCCUUUGCUUAUUGCUUUUGAACUUCUCCUCUGUGUACAUCUUCAGAAAAGAUAUGCUGUAAAUUUGAAGAUUGUGUUUCUGCCUCUGCUAGCUCUAGAAGCUGCAAUUUUGAUUGAUAACAUCAGGAUGUGUCGGGCCCUUAUGCCUGGAGACGACGAUAAUAUAAGUGAUGAGGCUAUUUGGGAGACGCUCCCACACUUUUGGGUUUCCAUCUCAAUGGUCUUCUUCAUUGCCGCGACAACAUUUACGCUUCUGAAACUAUGCGGUGAUGUAGCUGCUCUUGGGUGGUGGGAUCUGUUCAUAAAUUACGGUGUUGCAGAGUGCUUCGCAUUUCUUAUUUGCACGAAGUGGUAUAAUCCUGCAAUUCAUAGACGUUCUCAUCUUACAGCAGCAGCAUCAUCUUCGUCAAAUAUUAGAUCUUUUACCUGGAGUAACGGUGUCUUGGUACCCCCUGAUGAAGACAAUCAAGAAAACAGGAUGUGCAGUUUUCAAGACAUUGGAGGGCAUAUCAUGAAAAUUCCCUUGAUUGGUUUUCAAGUCAUACUCUUCAUGUACUUGGAGGGAACUCCUCCUGGUGUUAGAAAUAUCCCAAUUCUGCUAUUGUUUUCUCCUCUACUUUUGCUACAAGGAGCCGGAUUUUUGUUCGCCAUAUAUAGAUUUGUUGAGAAAAUCUCCCUCUUACUCAAUGAUGAAGCUGAAACGGGAAGCAGCUUUAGAUUACCUGCUACUGCUUAUGACUAUAUGGGGUUUCUGCGUCGUGGAUCAAGGUUACUGGGAUGGUGGUCAAUUGAUGAAGGAAGCCGUGAAGAGCAAGCUCGGUUAUAUUGUUCAUGGGAUUCAGGGUACAAUACAUUCUCACCUGAUACUGUCAAGAAAAUGCCGAAGUCUGAGCUCGCUAAGGAGAUAUGGAGGCUUCAAUCAGCACUCGUUUCACAAACAGAAAUCACAAAUAUCAGCCAGGAGGAGUUUGAAAGACUUUUAAACGAAAAAAUCCUGUGUCGAGUUUGCUUUGAUGAUCAGAUAAACGUCGUCCUGCUCCCUUGCAGGCAUUAUGUUCUUUGCAGCACCUGCUGCGAGAAGUGCAAGAGAUGCCCUAUUUGCCGCGUAUACAUUGAGGAGCGGCUACAUGUGUAUGACGAUGUAUAGCUACUUAACCACAGGCCUAGCCAGGUAAAGUCUCAAGUCCUGUGAAAUCACAUUGGUUUGAAGGUGACUGCAAUUUUAUCAAGUCAUUUCACCAUCACAACCAAAAGAGAAAAAAAAAACCUGUUCAAUUUGUUGAUUCUGUUAAUAGUUUGACAUAACUUUGAAUGAUUUGUUUGUGUUCAAAUUGAUGAUUUCUUUUUCUUCUUCUUCUUCUGUAUAUGUUCGUGUUCGAGUUAUGAGAAUGACAUGUAUUGAUGAAAUGAACAUGAUAUGAAGCAAGGCUUGUGGGUUUUUGAAGAGUGUAAGAAGUUAAGCUCAGAAGCUUCUUGAAUGAAAUGGAUCUUUUUGAA